AUGAUGGGGCUCCGGGGUAGCAAUCGCCCUACUGCUGCGAGGAAAUGCGGCAAGCCCGCUGCCCUGGCUUCAACAGACGCCGAUUCGCCCUUACGAUUCUUAUCAGACAGCGAGUCGGAUAUCGAACGCGUAAACCAAAAGGCUGGCGCUCUUCUGGACUCUUUUCUCUCCUUCAAGGAACGAAAUGACAGGACUUCUACAGAAAGUGACUCCCGAAGUUCCUCUGUGGUCCCCGCAAAACGACCUGCUGCUUCCACCGAGACGCCCGCCAAAUCUGCGACAAAUAAUAAGAGAGACCGCAUCACCCCCAGAUCACCAUGUCUGGCAAGGCCACGGUCAAACGAAUCGGUAUCAUGCAGCUCGCCACCUCCCUCCUUCCCAGUGGUGGAGAUUGUGAGUAGGGCUCGACAAGAGCUGGCAGCCGCACAGGCCAUGGAAAGGCCAUAUAAUCGACCCGGUACGAAGCUGAAGCGGGUUAAAAGGAGGAUAAAAAAGGCCUUUUCAACUUAUACGCCGACUAGCCCUUCACAAUACACGGCGUCGCGCCCUUCACGCCGAAAUCGGGGACCCCGGCGUAGUAGCCAGGGGGAAGAAGUUGAGAGAAGCGCUUCGGUUUGCGAAACGCCAGCAUCAUCUGCUCCUUUAUCUCCAGCUUUACCAUUUGAGCUCCCGAAUUGGCGGCAACGUAUAUGCCACCGCUCUCCUACUCUUACCGUGGUGAAAGAACCGCUCAGGCCUACAGCCGAAGGUGGGAAUGAGCGUGCCCCGUACCGUGUUUGGGAGGAGAGAAAUGAUUGCGAAACUCUUUGGGCGAAACACGCCAACGUCACCUCCAAAGGAGUCUUACUUCAUGCUGACUUUUGCAUGAGUGAACUGGCCGCAGUUCACUACUUUCUGACCGGUGGUGAGAAGCCAGGAGUCGACGUCUGCCUUCAAGACGAUAUCAUCCACUCCUGCCAAAUAUUGUAUCAUUGUGACGAGGUUACGAAUCUAGUUUCCAGAUUAGCGCAGCUUGUUAACGUAUACAAUGCCCUUUCAGGCUAUUCUUCUAACAUAGCAGACUUUCUCCUGAGUUGUCGAGACGGGGAAACGGCCCGCGAUAUUAAGUCCGACACACACCUGGUUAAUAUAUGCAAUUUUCUGAAGAAUACCUUUGCUGUUUCUGCCUUGGUUUUGAAUAAUGAUAUCCAUGCUCACCUCAAAGCCCUCUUACAACAAGUUGAUGAAAGAAAACUAAAGGCGUUGGCGCAAGAUAUGUCUCAGGUUAGCGUCCUAAGGCAUCGAUCCCCCGAAGAGCUGUUAGCAUUUUUCACAGAUGCAAAAGAUGGUAGACUGUCCACAUCACCUUCAGUUCUUCGAGCAUACCCGUCUCAAUCAGAUCAACAUUUACUGCGGUACGAUAUUCACAGUGUUUCAUCCCACCUUAGGGCUCGUGAGCUGGGAUAUCGAUCGUAUAGGGCGAGAUCUUCCAUACGUCAAACCCUAGCUAAAUCUGCGAGUGAAAACUGGCAACACUGCAAGUCCUGGAAAGGUGCAUCGAGCGAUGUUUUGGUGCUUGGCUGGUCUCCGGAUGGCACGCGCUUCGCGGCCGGAGCUGCUACCUACUGCCAUCCAAAUAAUAUGAUUUACAACCGGAGAAACAACUUGGUGGUAGGAGACUUGUCUACCAACAGCCUCAAAGAGCUGCCCGACCAUCAGAUUCCACGGGCUUUACUGGAUACCAGCCAGAGCAAUGACAGGAGUGGCACAUCUGAGUCCCAUCUUUAUACAUCUAUCAGCGCGGUGGCAUGGUCGAACGACGGGAAUCGCAUGUACAGUUCAAGUUAUGACCGCACCGUCAAAAUAUGGGAUACCACAAACCACCAGGAUACAAAAUGCAUUACCACUCUCCGCCACCCCGGGAAAGUGCAAGUUAUGGCUCUCUCAAGAAUUGAUAAUUGUCGAUUGGCUACAGGAUCUGAUUGCGAUAACAGCUUUUGGCUGUGGCAAGUCGAACAAGAGCACGGCCUUUCUCUCUCUACGCCGUUGGAGAUAGCUAUUCGCCACAAUAAACUCAUGAUACCAACCUCUCUGGCCUGGGGCCUAAAUUAUUACACGAAAGAUCUACUUGCAGCCGGCAUGUCUUUUACUGAUCGCGCCGACAAGCGCGGAGAUCCCCCAACAGGUGGCCAUCUUGCACUUUGGCGAAUAGAAGAAUCUGGCACUAGCCUGCUGAGCAUCACGCCUAACUCUCAAAAUGUUUUUGAUAUAUCAUGGCACCCAACUUCGGUAGUGUUUGCUGCUGGGAUAGCGGCAUGCGGCCGUUCCAAGGGCCUAGGCUCUGAUAUCCGGUCAAUGGUGAAUAUUUAUGAUCCCUUAAGGAGUAAGAGGGACAUCGUCAGCUAUGACUGUCCUGGCCUUGACAUCAAUGAUGUGUCCUUCUGCCCAUUUAACGAGAACUUCAUUACUGCAGGAUGCACGGAUGGCACUACCUAUGUGUGGGACUUUAGAAACCCUAACAAGAUUCUUCACAAGCUCCAACACGGUUUGCCAAUCAGAGAGUUGGACAGUCAGCUUACACGAGCGCAAGCGGAUACAGGAGUGCAGCUUGCGUUCUGGGGCGAUGAAUUGACCAGGUUCUACACUGGGUCUUCCGACGGCUGUGUGAAGGCUUGGAAUAUCAUGAAUGCUACCGAGGAUGUCUUCGUCAAAGACGUCGCUAAUAUCGGCCAUGAAAUUACCUCUGGAGCCUUGUCUCCAGAUAAAACGAGUAUGGUUGUUGGGGAUACCAGCGGUGGAAUCCAUGUAUUCUCAACUUCGACGCCUCCUGAUGACGACAAGGGUAUGCAAUUUGAAUAUGCGGAAGAUCAUAGAACAAAUGACCUGGACAGCGGCGUCCGAGCUGCCGAUGAACUGAUCGAAUCAGGUCAACUGGUCCGACAUGAGCAAUAUGGCCCGGGGAAAGGUCCUAAUUACAACGGGCCUUAUGCUGCCUGGGCUCGACCACCCGAUACCCCCGCCGAUCAGCUCUCUAGCACGCCGUUGACGCUGCAGGUACAGGUGCAGCAACUGGAUGGCUUGGCCGUCAACCACCGCCCCGGUCUCGACGAGGCUACUCGCAAGCAUGUCAACACUCAGAUUCAGCUUGCUAAAUUUCGAAACAAAAGAUCAUCAAGCAGCAUUCCACCAUCGCCUCUGCGGAACAACCGAAUAGCGGAGGAGGAUUCUACCUAG